AUGUCACGAGCAAGUUCAGAGGACCAGUUGAACUUCUUGUUGAGCUGCGUCAAGCAUGCCUGCAACGGAAAGGUUGAUUUCGUUGAAGUUGCUCAAGAAUGUGGCGUCGUCAGUAAAGGAGCAGCGGCCAAACGGUACGAGCGACUGCUGAAGGGCAAGGGUAUCAGUCCAAACGGCGGCCCAGACCCCAAGCCUGCACCUCGCAGAACGUCCAAAGUGACCAAGAGCAAAUCGAAAAAUGAUACUCCUAAACCACGUUCGAAACAGCGGAAAUUGGACAAGAUUACAGAAAAGAAGCAGGAAGAGGCCGUUUCAACUGCAAAACUGAUGCCAGAACCUCUGAAGGACUUCAACAUGGAGGAGAGAGAUUUUGCACCAGAGAACGGCCCUUCUUUGAAGAGGAACACCUCUAUUCCCAUUUCCCAAGACAGUCACUUUGAAUUGACGCAGACCGACGAAAGCACUUUUGACUUUGACGAGUUCUGCUCUGCAGAGAUGUUCGCACAUUGCGCUUCGGAGACAAGAGAGCCCAGCCAGGAGGAUCUAUUAGUACCACGGUCGUUUCCAUACAUGCUACCAGCUGCCUCAGCCCCCGUGCAAGGUACACCAAGAGAGGAAUCAAAGAUGGAGAGGGUGCCAGAAAGAGAGACCGUCGUUAUAGCAGAUUGA